GCUGAAAUGAAUUUUGGUCCAUGUUUUGAUCUGCGGAAACUCCUCUAUUCUCAAAACCCUAAGCCGACAUCACCAUUCAUCCGAUGAGUUCGAGAGGAGCGACCGCAGUGCUAUCUCGAGCCAGCAGGAUUCGGUCGAAGCUGCAAACGGCGCUGGAAGCCACCGUUUUGGAGGUGGACGACGUGUCGUACCAGCACGCGGGCCACGCCGCCGUGAAGGGUAGUUCCGACAAAGAAACCCACUUCAACCUCAACAUCGUCUCCCCCAAGUUCGAGGGCCAGAGCCUCGUCAAACGACACCGUCUCAUCUACGACCUCCUCGCCGACGAGCUCCAGAGCGGCCUCCACGCCCUCUCCAUCGUCGCCAAAACUCCCCACGAAACAAACCCUUCUGAGUGACUCCUUGGGAGUGUCAAAGUUCAAAGCUUUUCCCCUCUGAGUGCCGAAAUCUUUGGUCUUCUUUUGUUUGGAACGUGUUUGCUCUGUGAAUGGAACCUUAAUCAUCUUAUGUGGCUGUGUGGUCCGUAGAAUGUGAGAUGUUUUACGAUUAUUUGUGAUCAAAUUGAUUAUGUUUACUUUCAUCCUACUUAUUUAAUAUGCUUGUGUACUUUUACUUAUUGGAUGUGCAUAACAAAUUCAGUUAUCUUAUUGCAAAACUUUCCUGGUGUCUAAUUCACAAUUCCCUUAA